AUGGAGAUGAGGAGGGGAGGGAGAUCACAGAGCAGACAUAGGGAGAAAGAUAGAGCUAAGGAAAAUGAUGAAGAAAAUAUUGGUUGCAGUAUUGAUUACACGAGACUUAUGCGCCGCUGCGAGAUCAAAUGCGGGAUAAGAUGUAAUCCAGAUUCUGAAGUUGAAGAUCACACAGUGUUGGUUGUCUUUCUGUAUGUGUUUGAAUUGUCUGCCUACAUCACUUCCCAUGCAAUGGUUGAUGAUCUACACAUGAAGCUGCUAUACCUGGAGAACAGAGAGCAAGGGCAGGAAGCGAACGAAGACAGGUUAUGCAUUGAUAUUUUAGAGAGAGAAAUGAGAAGGAAUCCAAUGGCUGGGAGUGCCUCCAUCACUUCCCAUUCAAUGGUUGAUGAUCUACACAUGAAGCUGCUAUACCUGGAGAACAGAAUGGCAUUUGCACGAGUAUUCUUCCCUACUGAAGCUAAGCUAGCAAUGGACAUUGCACAUGCUGCAACAACUUCAGAAUUUGCUGGUCUUGCUGCUCCGAAAGAUUCUAGUGGGCAUUUGAGGGAGGUUGACCUAAAUGAGACACCAAUAGUGCAGAACAAAAGACUUCGGUCUAGGAUCAAUGAAAACAGGUACUUGGAAGCUUUGAACUCUUUUGUUUCAGGAACCAACAUCAGGACAUUUGAAAUGGGCCUCCCUAAUUGCUCUGAAGUGCUUGAUAAGUUCAUGGAGGAUGACCUUCCUGAUUUGUUUUACCUUGAAAAGGGCACCCCAGAUGAACAAAGAAUCAAGAGGACACGUUUCAUGGAGCUUAAAGAGGAUGUUCAGAAGGCAUCUAACAAGGACAAGGCUGAGAUUAACCACUCUGGUUUGUCUUCCUUAUCAUCCUCAACUUCUCUAAAAGAGAGUAUUGGUAAAAAGCUCAGGAAAUUAUGA